AUGCUUUUGUCCCUCGCAGGUGUAAACGUUCACGUUGUGGACAAACGGGAAACCAAAGUCGCGACCGGUCAAGCUGACGGCAUCACACCUCGCACAACCGAGGUUUUCCAGAACUAUGGACUUGGUGAUCGUCUGUUGCGCGAGGGUUGCCGGGUGCACAUGGCUCUUUCGAGGCGUGCCCCCGGCAUCACGGCUCCUUCCGCUCGUUAUCCCAUCGAUCUUGCGCUGCACCAAGGGGCUAUCGAAUCGAUUUCUCUGGACUCUUUGAGAACCCGCGGUGUUGAGCUAUCGAACGAUGCGGCUGAAUUAGCCGAUCCAACUGCGUAUCCCGUCGAGGUAACACUGGAACGUCUUAUUCCGAAUGGUACGAUUCAUCAUGAAGUCGUGCAUGCCAAGUCCGUCCUUGGCGUCGACGGUAAGUGGCCAGAAAUCCGCUUGUGGGUCCGAAAUGCAUUCGAUAUUGCCAUGGAAGGAGAACAGACUGAAUUCAUCCGGGGGGUUCUAGACAUGGUCCCGGACACCGAUUUCCCAGACAUCCGGAACAAGAACCUCAUUCACUCCAACAAUGGAUCAUGUUUACUUGUACCUCGGGAAGCUGAGAGAAUUCGAAUUUACAUCCAAAUUGCAGAUGCUGACGUGUGCGACCCGAAAACUGGAAGAGUGGAUAAAGAUAGGAUGUCACCCGAACAACUACUCGAGGUCCGUAGCACAGAAGUCUCUUUACCCCUAUUCGCUAAUCCAACCAAUGGAAUUAACUGGUGGACUUCGUAUAUCAUUGGACAGCGUAUUGCUGCCAAGUAUUCUGCGAAUAAUCGUCUGUUCAUUGCUGGAGACGCGUGCCACACCCAUUCGCCCAAAGCUGGACAGGGCAUGAAUGCUAGUAUGAAUGAUAGUCAUAACCUUGCAUGGAAGUUUGCAUAUGUUCUUCGGGGCUGGGCACCUAUGUCUAUUUUGUCGACAUACGAGUCUGAACGCCGCAAGUAUGCACAAGACCUCAUCGCCUUCGACAAAAUCUAUGCUACCUUGUUCUCAAGGAAACCGGUCACCAAAGAAAACCUGAAAGGAGUCUCGCAUGAACAAUUCCUCAAAACUUACCAGACCUUUGGAGGCUUUACCAGCGGUAUUGGGGUGCACGACGAUCAGUCUGUUCUCAUCAACGGGAACACGUACCCAACCCUGGUCUGUAACAUGGUAGUUGGCGAACGUGUUGCUCCACAAGACCUUGUCUGUGCUGCAGAUUCAACACCAUAUAACCUACAAGAUUUUCUACCAUCCGAUUUCCGCUUCAAACUUUUGGUAUUCACUGGUGACUUCAACGAACCCAUACAGACACAGAAGAUCCAAGCUCUCGUGAAGAGCUUGGAGCAGCCGGAAUCAUUCCUUAACAAAUGUCCUCGUGAGAGGUUUGACAUCACGACCAUCAGCAGGGGAAAUAAACUAGAAUUCGACUACCGGAAAGUCCCGCAGCUGUUGAGGCCGCAUUGGUCGAAAGUUCUUCUCGAUGACACUGACGUGUCCGGUACCAUCGGUGGUAAGGGGUAUGCUUACUACGGUAUCCCCGACGAGGGCGCCUUUGUUGUGGUACGCCCGGACGGAUACAUCGUGAUGAUCAUACCAUUGGAUGGAAGCGGUGAAAUCAAUAAAUAUUUCGCAGGUUUCAUGAAUGUUUGA